UAACAUAAUAGUCCGUAAUUAUGGAGAUGGAAAAUUUCAAGAUUCUGGAAGAAUUCGAGGAAGUGGUGGAGCUCGAUCCAAGCAAGGUAUUCAUUUUUUGGAAAAGAUCGCUGGUUCUGCUGUAUUCCGUUUGCACGGUGACGAGCUACGCCGUCGCUGGACUAUUUCGCAUCCUCUGGCGUGACUUUUGCCAACAUCACUGCCUCAUGUGGGCCCGAGUACACGCGGACAAGAAAUUGGCCCUGGCGUACUGGACGGCGAACGAGACGAGCAAUUGGACGGGCACGAAGAGCUCGUGGUCGGCCGACCCGAUGAUUUUCAAAGUCACCCAUAGUUAUGGCCGUAGUUACGGCCACCAACAAUUCGAUCAAUACUGCGACCUAUUUUUGUUCAGCGGCUUGCUGUCCUGCGCCACGUCCAUAAUCCUGCUGUACUUCGUAGUGACUUGCGGCAAGCGGAGACCCUGCUCGGCGCUGCGGACCUUCGUCGAGGGCAGUUAUCGAGGCACCUUCGACGUUUGCAUCGUGUACCGAAUGAUUCAAAUUGCCACGUCGUUGAUGCUCUGCUUCUGGAUCAGCAGUUCGCUCAUCUUGAUCUUGAGGAUGCUGUUCGCGGCCGACUUUAUCCUCAUGAAAAUCAGAGUCUACGAGGUACCCAAGACUAAGCGACAUUCAAUCGUCAAGGAGGUAUACAAGAAAAAGAGACAAAGCAGUUAUCGUUAAGAUGUAUAGAAAAUAAAGCAUUUAUCACAAGAGAAGAGCGUGUCUAAUUGCGUCCGAGUAAAUUUGAAGUUCAAUG